GAUGUAUGAAAAUGAUAAUGUCAUGAGCGGCCUUGAUGAUGAUCAAAGGACAAGAUUAGUUGACUUGUUUAAGGAAGCCCCGGAGUUGUAUGAUAGAGGCCAUCCACGUUUUCAUAAAAUUACAAGCUCUUCAAAGAUAUGGAGCAAUUUGGGUCUGGAAGUUGGGCUUCGAGGUGACGAAGUAAGAGAAAUUUUUAGCACAUUGAAAGAAACAAUGAUUGAUUUGACGGCAAGAGUGAGAGAAUCUCUAGUGGGACCACAAAAAUUAUCAAGAAGCGAAUUGAAGUUCAUCGACAAUUUUAGCUUCUUAACUCCCGAUAGCGGGGGGGCUUCAGCUAUCUCGAGUCCGGACAAAUUCUCGACGAAAAGAGAAUAUCCUGGAGCUUCCGAGUCUGCAAUAGAGACAAUUGAUCUUGAUGAUUAUGAAUCGCCUCCGUCAAGUCCUAAUCGGGAAUCUGCACCAUCUGCAGUUGUGAACGCUCCUCCACCCCAAAAGAAGAUAAAAUUGGAGAACUCUGAUCAAUUUGAAACACUACAUAAUCUUAUUAAGAUUGUUCGCGACACUAAUAUGGAUAUCGAUGAAGAUGAAGCUUUUGUUAGAUUUGUGUAUACUGAACUUAAGAAAAUGGAGCCAAAUAUGAAAGAUCAAGUGAAAUGGCGCAUUCAAUGUAUCAUGCAUAAUAGGAAUAAUUCUUCGGAGAAUAUUGAUGGCCAUUUUCGUUUAGAAUUUCGAAGUGUCUCAUUUCGCAAUUCCUCUAACGCAAAUGCUCAGAGAGUAAGUAAUUCAGGAAACAGCCCUGGAUCAUCUUCGGCCUGUAACAGAACUCAAUGUUAUGCCAGAAGAGAGAUCUCUUUGAAUAGGACAUCUCGCAAUGGUGAAACUGGAUCUGUUAACGAAAUUUUUCGAAGAAGGGAUAAUCCAGGAAACAACCCUGGAUCGUAUUUGACCGGUGCCAGAGCCCAUUAUUUUUCCAGAAGAGAGAUUCAUUUGAAUAGAUUUUAUUCUUAUUCUAGGAAUUUGAGACACUACAGCUUUGCUGCUGGUGGAAGAGGAUCCAGCCUCUCUUACGCCAAUGCUAAUAGAAGUGGUGUUGUCAGUGAAGAGAGAGUCAGAAGUAACAUAUUCGAAAGAUCUCAAAGACAAACGAACGAUCUUGGAGAACAACAAGAGUCUCCUAAUAAUAAUAGUAUUGACUUGAACAGGGUUCCGUUUCGAACGAGCAGAGAAGGAAACGUACCCGCUUCUACAAGCUUAGGUAUCAGUUCAAUUCAAUUUAAUGGCUAA